AUGGCAUCGAGAUCGUUCGAAAACAACAGUGGGCUCCAGAUUGGAAUAAACCAUGGUUCGAUAAAUGCAGUAUUCAGUCCACCACGAGAAGCAUUCCACAUCGGUUGGAUAUGCGCGCUGCCAAUUGAGGCCGCCGCAGCUCAGGAAAUGUUGGAUGAACGCUUUGGAAGACUUGAUGAUCAAGAUAUGACAGACCUUAACACCUAUAUCUUAGGCCGAAUCGGCAAACAUAAUGUCGUGAUCGCCUGCCUCCCUGGAGGAACUUACGGAACUACCUCGGCUGCCACCGUCGCAAUCAACAUGGUACAAACAUUUUCCAAUUCACUUCGCAUUGGGCUGAUUAUCGGUACUGGGGGGGGGCUUCCGUCGGCUGCUCAUGAUAUACGGCUUGGAGAUAUCGUGAUAAGCUACCCCCAGGGCAUUUGUGGCGGAGUGCUGCAGUACGAUAUGGGGAGAGCUGGAGUGGGAAGUCACUUUCAUCAAACUGCCUCAUUGAAUACUCCUCCUACAGUACUUUUAAAAGCGGUUGAUAUGAUGAGAGCUAGUGAGCUAACAGAUGAUCUGCGCUACCCUGAGUAUAUGGAAAGCGCCAUUAAAAGAACCUCGCGGACCCACAAAACAUUUGCCCGACCUAGUGCAUAUCAUGAUAGAUUAUUCAAAGCAAAUUAUAAUCACCCGGCGACUAUGAGCAACUGUGACGAAUGUCUUACAGAUUGGGAAGAGAUAAGAAACAAACGCGAGAGCAAUGUUCCAGAACCGCACUAUGGUAUCAUUGCAUCUGGGAAUACCAUUAUCAAGGAUGGUCGGAUACGAGAGCAGCUAAGGCUGGAAAGCGAUGCUUUGUGCUUUGAAACGGAGGCAGCUGGUUUGAUGACAGAUUUCCCCUGCAUCUUCAUCCGCGGUAUAUCUGAUUACGCCGAUUCGCACAAGAACCGACAGUGGCAAGGAUACGCGGCCUUAGCAGCAGCAUCAUAUGCUAAAGAGCUGCUAGGCUAUAUUCCUGAGGGCCAUUUUUUGCAAGAGAAUCUGGCGGGAGAUGUGUUUACUCGUUUACUCUUGAAUGAUGACCAGUUGAUGAGUCUAUAUAAAACAGCCAUCUCAAAGGUCGGCUUUGAAAGGUUCCAAAGAAAUUUUUCACGUAUGCUGAAGCGGUAUGGUUCGGGGUUAAGCCGCGAAGCAUGCAAUGAAAUUCAACGUGAAGCAGCGCAUUUUGUUCGGUUGUCCGCACGGCAGACAGCAGUUGAAGUCCGUAUAGAUCUCAUGGAGAAUAACCCCGGUUUAUCUCUCGAAAAGAAUUCAAAAGCAGCUCCAUCGGAAUUGACUCGAGUCAAUGAGUGGAUAGAGUCACACACAGGUGGUCGCACAGACCGAGACGCUGAUGGUGACGAGUCGUCUGUGGGCAGCGAUCUAAGUGAUACAGAAUCCACUACAAUAGCUUCACUUGAGAGGGUUAAAGAAUUCUUGGUGUCAACACAGGCAUUCUCUGAUCUAAAACUAGAAUUUCAACGGUGGCUGGAAAGUAAAAGGAGAGCUGGUCAUGGAGUUCAAAGCGAGGAGAAAAUUACGCAUUACCCUGGCAGUUAUAAUGACAUCCAGAUGGUAAAUUCUGAUUCACUAUCUUGCGUUGAUGUCAUGCGCUCCUUCGGCCUAGAUGCUAGCAUACAGGGUAGACUACAAUAUGCUGCCGACCACGGCAUCAGGGAGGAGCCAUUUUCUCCGGAUUGGAACGACAAAAUCCGUAGAGAUGUUCUUCGUCGAAACGAUGCUGCUCUUCAAUGGCACUCGCCACCAUGGUGGUUUCGCUUUCUGGCGAUAUAUUCCCCCCCAGCGGCUGGUUACCAACGAAUCCCGUAUCUAUGCGGCUGUGGAAAGUUCACAUAUCUUGAUGUCAGGGAAUUAUCAGCAGGUGGUAUUGACAGGUUCAGGCAGAAGCUUCUCGCUAGCAGCCGUGCGGUCCAGGCCCAAGAACAGACCGGAUCUAUUCACAAUCAUCUGGAAACUCCAGCUCAAGUUCAUUUGAGUAAUAUCGGUGAGACUUUUAGCCGCCGUUCAACACGAUACAUCCCCAUAGAUCCUUACUUAUCGCAAUCCACACAACGUGGAAACUCUCUCGUUACCAGUGCAAGCGAUCCGGACUCCAAAUUCCUUCUCUUGUGUAUUAACACAAAGGAUUCGACGGUCCUAUCGCACGUUGAAGUGGCCUCUUUGACAAAUGACCAGCACCUCUUCGAGCAAAUUUUGAUAGAGUAUAAAAAAGCUCGUGAAAACUCUGAAUUUAGAGUAACAUCUAUAAUUCCACAGUUGCUCUCCAACUUUGCGAAUACCAUUUCGACGCGGAUACCAAGACUACCAUACCUAUCGAAAUUUUUCAGUCUCUCUGUGAUUCUCCGCCAUGUUCACCAAAUGCGUCUUUACCGGAUUGAAUCUGGGGAUUUUGUGCAGUUUCAGCUAGUACCUAUCGGAAUGAGAUGCCUUCCCAUGUGGUUUCAGACCAAAAGAAUGCCACCAAAAGUUGAGGUUGAGGAAGGACGAUAUCUCUAUGACCCAGUUCCACUGGACGAUGUAGAAAUGGCCUACAUACCCCUAAACCACCUGCUAAAACCGGGACCUCACAGCGACAACUUUUGGAUCACCAGGUUUCCUAAAAAGAUUCGAGAUCCAUUAUCACGUUUGCCUGGAUCUGGCGGGAUGAAAGUCACUGGAUGGGGGAUUCAUGUGAAUGAAUGUUUGAACUGGACUGUGGUUCUACUUUCAAUGUUCAUCACGCUCCUAAUCAUUGGAUUAAGCGUAACUAUCUACGCACUGACAACCUCAGACAGUUCAUCUGCUUUCGGCCUCGGAUCAUUUCUUGUGGCACUGUUCACAGUUUACUUCACAUAUCAGUAUUUUGCAUGGAAAGAAAAUGUGUAG